UUUUGUUCCUUUUUAUGGCUGAGUAAUAUUCCAUUGUAUGUAUGUACCACAUCUUCUUAUGCCUCCUUUUUCUAAUCCGUAAAAUGAGGAUACUACCUUAUAUGGCUGUGAUGAAGGGUAAACAUAAGUUAAUGUAUGUUGAGCACUUAGAAGAAUGCCCAACACACAGAAAACAUUCAAUACAUAUUAGCUAUAAUUAAUUUCUAGUGGCUUCCUAUAUAAACAGUAUUUUAGUUGUACAUCAUUUCCAUCAUUUAAAAAUAAUUGCUUUAAUACGUAAGUAUCUAAUUUAAAAGAAAAUUAACACUUUUAGUUAGUUACUGUAUCUUUUAACUGGUAACUGGUUUAUCUCCUUACUGACUCAUUCUGCCAUCUCCCAAUGGAAUGUAGACGUUUCUGUCCUUUGGAUUGACAUGGGAGAUGCAAAACUGUGUUCUCCUGAUUUCUGCAGCAGAGCAUUGUGUCCCCGUGACCUGUGCAAUUCUCGAUAGUGCCACAAAAGAGGAAGGAGAGAAGUAACAAGAACAGGAAUCCAGUGACAAGUUCCUAAACAAGCCUUAACCUGUACCAAGUAAGUCCUAAACUUUCAUAUUUCUUGGUAGAGGAUAGGUGUUGAACUUUUCUCCUUUACAUUUUCCUUUACGUUUUUGGCUUGGAAGAAUAGAUUUUUAAAAAUCUGAAUUUACAUAUAUUCUGGAAAAGCACAUACAGAUUUACUUUAAUAAGUCAAUGAACCCGGUUUUUGAGCUCAAUUUUUACACACGUACCUGUAGGAAGGGAAGUAAGUGGGGCAUUAGCAUCUUGUGUCAGUACUCUGAAAAUCCCGUGUACGGCGAAAUCGCGUUCAGUGUGCACUUUUAGGAUGCAAAGAGGACUUUAAAGGAGAAAGAAAUUUGUAUUCCAAGAUACUUUGUAAAGAGUGGUUAUUCACUUCUUAGUAUAACAAGAACAUAAUAUCCAGUAUAUCCUUACAGACUAUUACUGUCUCUCUUGUGUAACAAUUAAAAUAGAAUGAAAAGUUCAUUAGGUUAUUUUUUUUUAAUAUUUCAUUAAAGAAAGGAAUUUAACAGACAAUUUUGAGUGUUUACUAUGCUGUGAGUGAUGUGAAGCUGAGGGGCCAGGAUACAAAGAUGAGUCGGACAUUUAUCUUUACUACUUAGGACCUAUUAGAGAGACCAGAGUAUGCAGAGAAUACUUGGGAAUUGAAAGCUGGGAAUGAGACUGGAAAAGUGCUGGAUGUUGAAUAGAUUAAGGAAACAAAAUAAGAUAUUAACGAGGGACCAUUUUUAAAUGACAGUGGUGUUCUGUGUAAUAGCCUGCCGUGAGAAGUUUGAACGAUUAUACAAGGUGAUCGAUAACGCUAGUACUGUCUUGCAACAAGAGCACUAGUUUAAUGUUAGCAAAUUUUUGCUUAAGUGCCAUUGUAGGAACUUCUAAAAAAUCUUUUGCACCUCCGUGAAAAUGAUAGGAGUUAUGUCAUGCAAGGAAAAACAACUUCCAGAAUAAAUACAAUUUUGACUAAGCCUAUUUUCUCUGUACAGACCUAGACACUGUGUCUAUGUUUAAUGUUAUCUAGGCUUGAAAUUUCAUUUCCUUUCAACAGCAUGCCUUUCUGUGUUUGUCAGGCCAAACAACUUCUUGUUUUACUACUUAACCUCAGUUCUUGUUCUUUGUUGCUGUUAUUAGUAGUAUUAAUAGUAUUAUUAUUUAAUCAGAAAAGAGAAAUACUGUUUGGACGUUUUCAAAUGCCUCAAAAAUAUUUGGUUCCAUAGGGGAGUGAGUAAGGUUUGUACGACUCCCACCCAAUUCAGUUUCCUCAGUAGCAUCUGUAACCGUGUUAUCACCCACCCUUCCUUGUUUUAGGUUUCUAAGUGUCAGAAAUAACUUCUCAUUGAGCUUGAUCUGUUUCCUCUCUUAACUUUCACUUACUGGUCCUUGGCAGUCUAGCGCAAUAUAUUUGAAACUUAUUCUUCUUAUACCCAGUUAACUCUUAAGGUGUUUGAAAAUGACUGUUAAAUCCUACUCGAGUCUUCUUUUUGCCACACUAAGGGAAAAAAAGCCCUAAUUCUCGAACCAUAUGCACAUGACAUGGUUUACAGACCUUUUUCAUGCACAUUGCUAAACUCAUGACGAAGUCUGUUUGUCAGUAUACCUCUUAAAAUACGGUGGCCAGAACUGACUGGCUGCUUCAGAUGUGAGCUGCCCAUUGCUGAAUACAAUGAAGCUAUUAUCUGGAUACUCUCCUUCUAUUAAUGCAGCCUGAAAUUUGCAUUACAUUUUUUGGCAGCAACAUUACCCUUUGAUCAUAUUUAGCUUAUGGUCAACUAAAACAUUGUCUCUUUUUCAUGUGAACUGCUUUAAGUCUAAUUUUUCUUAUUCUUUACUUGCCAGUUGAUGCUUUGAAAAUAAAUGCAGGAUAUUAUGUAGUGCGUUACUUUACUAUAGAAGUUUAAAUGAGUUUAUUUUUUAUCAAAUUUCAUCCCAUUUGACUAUCUGGAGAAGUAACAUCUGUGUAAAAGAGCACAGUUUUCGUGGUGCUUUUUCUCAUGUAUUUUUAUUUAAUCUUUACAACCACCAUCCCAGAAUCAGAAGAGAAAAAUGGCUUUCCGCUAAGUCAGGAAUUGGCAGACAUUAGUACUUGGUCGCAGGUUUUUUUGAUUCCAGAUCCCAUGCUCAUCUUAUCCCUGUUCACUUAGUAAGGAUUUAGCGUGUCCUCUGCCAUGUGGCGGGCACCGUGCGGCGCUGAUGCGUCAGUGAGCGAGACAGAUUACAGUCUCUGCCCAGUGGUAUUUAUGGCCUGGCAUAUAAAUAAUUACUGCCAGUUACUGAGCACCUUCUAUUACGAAGGCACUGUGGUAGAUUGUAUGAUUGUUCACAGUAUUUGUUGCCUCUCUACCAGGGUCCUUUCUGUCGGAGGAUUGUCUUUCCUACUCUGCUGACAUCAGGUUUGGACACUUGGCUUUCCUAGACUGAUAAAAUGUUGGAGGAAGUGAUGUGUCCCAUGUUUGAGCAGAUGUUUUAAAUUCCAUCUUGUGGUGCUGCCGGUAGCUCUUUUCCUACUGUCAUGGAACCAGCCUGCCUUAGCUGGGGCUGGUCCCAGAACGAUGGAGCCUUCCGAUUGGGUUCCAGAAUGAUGGAGCAGAGCUGAAGCCAAUCCACGAUUGACAUUUAAUGCUAACGCUAUCAAACCGUGUGUCCUUGCGCUGCACUCAUUUAAUGACCUCGCCCUUUGGAUCUAGUUCCCGGACCAGGGAUCGAACCCGGGCCCCCUCCAUUGGGAGCGCAGACUCUUAACCACUGGGCCACCAGUUAUCAAAAUCCCAGCAGGAUGUUGAGAAAUCAACCAACCGACAGAAAUGCAAAGGACAAGACUAUCCAAGUACGCAGGAUCAGUUUGAUCUCUGGAGGAGCUGGAAACUGAAUAACUAAGGUCAGCCACGUGGAUGCUCCAUGCCUGUGAGACCUGACCCUCACUGAAAGCCCCGGGCAUGAAGUCUCAGCCCCUUCCCAGGUGACGGUCAAAACCCGGAGCUACGGAAUCUGCGGAGCGGGACACAAAGCACAACCGCCGGAGCCGAGCAUGCGCAGUAGCCCGGCCCAGCCCGGCCGCUCUCGCCGCUGGGGGAGGGUCAUCCAAGCCUGACGUCCGCGACGCCGUCGUCAGCGCCCCGGGAAGAGGAGGGCGAAGACUCCAUCCGCCAUGUUGGAUGCCGCAGAUUCGCCAUAACCGCGCCGGCUCUUUUCUUAAAAAAAUAAAAAUAAAAAGCGAAGCAUCAGCGGAGCGCCCCGCCUUCUCGGUCGGCGCGGGAGGGGGCCCAGAAGAGCCCGAGGCUUUUUUUUCCUCCGCGGUGGGGGCGUUGCCAUGGAGACGCGGGCGGCAGAAAACCCAGCCAUCUUCAUGUGUAAAUGUUGUAACCUUUUCUCACCAAGUCAGUCGGAACUCCUCUCCCACGUUUCUGAGAAGCACGCAGAAGAGGGGGUUAAUGUGGAUGAGAUCAUCAUUCCCCUGAGGCCUCUGAGUACCCCUGAACCCACCAACCCAGGCAAAACCGGAGAUGAGUUUUCGGUCAUGAAGAGGAAGAGAGGCAGGCCGAAGGGGUCCACGAAGAAGGCCAGCCCCGAAGAGGAACUGGCGGAAAACAACGUUAUUCCCAGCGGGGACGGCCCGCGGGCCCCCGAGGGAGGGGGCAGCCUGACUCCCAGCAGCCUGGAGUGCAGCAAGUGCUGCCGGAAGUUCUCCAACCCACGCCAGCUGCGGAAGCACAUCUGCAUCAUCGUGCUGAACCUGGGCGAGGAGGAGGGAGGGGCCGGUAACGAAUCUGACCUUGAACUGGAGAGGAAGUAUAAGGAAGAUGAUCGAGAAAAGGCCCCGAAGAGACUGCGGACUCAGAGAGUGGAGAAAGUCCAGAAGGUCUGCUCGGGAAAAGAGGCCGCGCAGAUCUCCGGAGCCAAGAAGCCCAUCAUAAGUGUGGUUUUAACGGCUCACGAAGUGAUUCCAGGUGCUACCAAGAUUGUUCCGGUGGAGGCUGGGCCCCCGGAAGCAGGAGCCGCAGACCCCAAGGCCGCGGUGGCCGACCUGGCGCCCCGGAGAGGGUACCAGGAGUACGCCAUCCAGCAGACACCCUAUGAGCAGCCCAUGAAGUCGAGCAGGCUCGGGCCCACCCAGCUCAAGAUCUUCACCUGUGAGUACUGCAACAAGGUCUUCAAGUUCAAGCACUCGCUGCAGGCCCACCUGCGGAUCCACACGAACGAGAAGCCGUACAAGUGCCCCCAGUGCAGCUACGCCAGCGCCAUCAAGGCCAACCUCAACGUGCACCUGCGCAAGCACACGGGCGAGAAGUUCGCCUGCGACUGCUGUUCCUUCACCUGCCUGAGCAAGGGCCACCUCAAGGUGCACGUGGAGCGCGUGCACAAGAAGAUCAAGCAGCACUGCCGCUUCUGCAAGAAGAAGUACUCGGAUGUCAAGAACCUCAUCAAGCACAUCCGCGACGCACACGACCCGCAGGACAAGAAGGUCCAGGAGGCCCUGGACGAGCUCUGCCUGAUGACGAGGGAGGGCAAGCGGCAGCUGCUCUACGACUGCCACAUCUGCGAGCGCAAGUUCAAGAACGAGCUGGACCGCGACCGCCACAUGCUGGUCCACGGCGACAAGUGGCCCUUCGCCUGCGAGCUCUGCGGCCAUGGGGCCACCAAGUACCAGGCGCUGGAGCUGCACGUCAGGAAGCACCCGUUCGUGUACGUCUGCGCCCUCUGCCUCAAGAAGUUCGUCAGCUCCAUCCGCCUGCGCGCCCACAUCAAGGAGGCGCACGGGGCCGCCCAGGAGACCCUGGUCUUCACCAGCUCCAUCAACCAGAGCUUCUGCCUCCUGGGGCCCGGCGGGGACAUCCAGCAGGAGGCCCUGGGCGGGCAGCUGCAGCUGGCGGAAGAGGAGUUUGUGUUCCAGGGGGUGAACGCACCCAAGGAGGCGGCCGGCGCUGGGGACGCUCGUCCCGAGGAGGGGUCCGAGGCCCCAACAGAGGUGCCCGCCGCGCCUGUGUGCUCGGCCGCCGCCCAGGCAGACAGCGCCGCCCCAGCACCCUGCCAGCUGGCGGCCUCCGCGGUGUCCUCCGACCUUCGUCGGUACGCGGUGGUUUCCGAUGAGUUCCUGUUGAAGAGUGAUCCCUCCUCUGCCGAGGCUCUGGCUGCUCCGGAGAAGACCUUGCACACCCAGCAGGGAGGCUCCAGUCCAGCUCAGGGCCAGGACGUCGCACCACUGCUGUCCAAGGCCAAAGGCGCCGCAGCAAACCCGGAAGCCCAGGGCGCCGAGAGCCCCCCGGCUGAAGGGCAGCAAGUGGCUGCCCUCCCAUCCGACGGCCCAGAUCCCGGCAGGGGUCUCAGGGCAAACCCAGCCGAGGCCUCAGACCCUCCUCCGGGAGCUGGUGGGAGGGACGCGGCCCUGUGCCGGCCUGACUCUUGCACGCCCCUCCCCGAGCACCGGGCGGGCAUCACUGCGUUCAUGAAGAUCCUGGACAGUUUACAGAAGAGGCGCAUGAAUACCGGCCUGUGCGAGAGGAUCCGGAAGGUGUAUGGCGACCUGGAGUGCGAAUACUGUGGCAAACUUUUUUGGUACCAAGUGCAUUUUGACAUGCAUGUCCGCACCCACACCCGGGAACAUCUGUAUUAUUGCUCCCAGUGUCAUUAUUCUUCCAUCACCAAAAACUGCCUUAAACGCCAUGUAAUUCAGAAACACAGUAACAUCUUGCUGAAGUGUCCCACUGACGGCUGUGACUACUCGACUCCAGAUAAAUAUAAGCUGCAGGCACAUCUUAAAGUUCACACAGAGCUGGACAAAAGGAGUUAUUCUUGUCCUGUGUGUGAAAAGUCUUUUUCAGAAGAUCGACUGAUAAAGUCACAUAUCAAGACCAACCAUCCCGAGGUUUCCAUGAGCACCAUUUCCGAGGUUCUCGGGAGGAGGGUGCAGCUGAAAGGGCUCAUUGGAAAGAGAGCCAUGAAAUGCCCGUAUUGUGAUUUCUAUUUCAUGAAGAAUGGCUCAGACCUUCAGCGUCAUAUUUGGGCUCAUGAAGGUGUGAAGCCCUUCAAAUGUUCUUUGUGUGAGUAUGCAACUCGUAGCAAGAGUAACCUCAAGGCUCAUAUGAAUCGUCAUAGCACUGAGAAGACCCACCUAUGUGACAUGUGUGGCAAGAAAUUCAAGUCGAAAGGGACAUUGAAAAGUCACAAGCUCCUUCACACUGCUGACGGGAAGCAGUUCAAGUGCACCGUGUGUGACUACACAGCAGCCCAGAAGCCACAGCUGCUGCGGCACAUGGAGCAGCACGCCUCCUUCAAGGCCGUCCGCACUCCUCGGCUCGUGGCCCCUUCGUCUUGUCUUCAAAGCCAGCCUUUCCGCUGCGCCCAUUGCCACUACUCAUGCAACAUCUCGGGCUCCCUGAAGCGGCACUACAACAGGAAACACCCCAACGAGGAGUACACCAACGUGGGCACCGGGGAGCUGGCGGCCGACGCGCUCAUCCAGCAAGGUUGUUUGAAGUGUCCUGUGUGCAGCUUCGUUUAUGGCACCAAAUGGGAAUUCAACAGGCACUUGAAGAACAAGCAUGGCCUGAAGUUGGUGGAGAACGAAGGAGAUCCCAAGUGGGAGCCAGCAACAGAAACUCCGGAGGAGCCCUCCACCCAGUACCUGCAUAUCACCGAAGCCGAAGAGGACGUCCAGGGCACACAGGCAGCGGUGGCUGCCCUCCAGGACCUGAGAUACACCUCAGACAGUGGUGACCGACUUGACCCCACGGCUGUAAACAUCCUCCAGCAGAUCAUCGAGCUGGGCACCGAGACGCACGACGCCACUGCCGUUGCCUCGGUGGUUGCCAUGGCACCCGGGACGGUGACUGUCCUGAAGCAGGUCACGGACGAGGAGCCCAGUUCCAACCACACGGUCAUGAUCCAGGAGACCCUCCAGCAGGCCUCCGUGGAGCUGGCUGAGCAGCAUCACUUGGUGGUGUCCUCUGGCGACGUGGAGGGCAUUGAGACGGUAACCGUCUACACACAGGGCGGGGAGGCCUCGGAGUUCAUCGUCUACGUGCAGGAGGCCAUGCAGCCCGUGGAGGAGCAGGCUGUGGGGCAGCCGGCCCUGGAGCUCUAGAGGACACGCAGUGUGGGACAGCGCCACGGGGCAGGGCUGCCGGCCUCUGUGCAGCCCCCCGGACGGCCAGGGCGGGGAGGCCCCAGAGUAGUGCUCUCCCAGGCUCUCCUCUGCACUGUCCACCCUGGCGGCCGCGUGGGGCUCUCCUGGCCCGGCUUUGGGUGGGCGAGGGAUCGGCAUCACCAGCGACACAGGAGCGCUGCCCCCAGCACAGGCACACGCACCUUCCCCCCGCGUCGUCUGCUUCCAGAAAGACCUGUGCCUCAACUCCCCAAACAUGGCCCGUACCGCAUAGCCCCUUUGCUUCAAGUGUCGAACAGAGACCCCCAAUUCUCAUCAGCGUCUUCCCUGAAUCACAGCCUAACUCCUUGACCCCUGUUUGGGUGCUGAAUCUUUACCUGGGACUGCUCUGCAGCCUGGUAACCAGGAGACAGCUGUCAGAGAAAGUGACCUUACGGUGUUUGAAUCACCUGUGAGAGAAAAGAGGCGAGGGGUUAUCUACACAGUUCUACCCUCCUCAGGCAUCAAGGGCGCUUACUAUCAUGUGAAGUAAGGGUGGUUUGAUGGUCCUCCGCUCCCAUCACAGGUGGUGGUGUCGGCUUACUACCUUGGAAUUCUUUUGCUUUUAAAAUAAAUGCACUUUCUCCUAUUCACCUCCUACUCUACGGAGGUGAGUUGGAUAGAAUAAAAGCAUUCUCUGCCUGAGUACUUCUCCUCUGUUAGGUUGGUGGGUUUACCUCUCCCCUUCCCAAGUCAGAAUCUGGGAUUUGGACCCCACCCAGGAGAACCCCCUCUGAGACCCAGGCCCUCAAAAUGUGACAGUGAUGCUCGUUCUCCCUCUGAAGCAUUAGCCUUGCUUUGGGGCCACUGUUUGAGGUUAACGGUCUUACGCCCCACGUCCUGGCACCUCGCAUUGGGUUUGCUGCAGCCCCUUCCCACCUUGGGAGGAGAAGUAAACCGACAGUCAGGAGCCUCCGUGAUGCUCUCUAGUCCGACUGCCUUUUAGUCCAGGUGCUCGUGAUAAAUCCCGUACCUUUUGGCGCCUCUGCCGUGUGACAGCUUUGUGGAGGCACCGAGGCGAAUCCUACUGCCCCCUGUCCAGCCCCGGGGUCUCCUGACAUCGUCACCCAACAUCCAGCUCACUGAGGUCAAGAUCUUUUUUCUAUCAAAUGAAAUUUUAUUUAAUUUAUAGUGAUUCUAACCAAUUGUUUGAAUAAACCAUCCUUUUAAGUUGUAAAAUACCAAGCUAUUGCCUCAUGGUUUUAGAUUUUCACAUUUCUAGACUAGACAGUGAAAUCAUCUAUAUUACAUAGGACGGUUCACAAAACUGUUCAUCUGAAACAACGUUUUUGAUGCUCUUCGGGCACUAAAAACAGCCAAAACUUUUGAUUCAGUAACAAAUGAAGAAAAAGCUUGAGAAUUAUUUUUAAUCCUACAAUGGUUUGCUGUCCUUUGUUUCCAAGGAAGACAUUACUGACCCAUUUUCAGUAAAGAAUGAAC